AUGGCGACUUCCAUACCGGACAACGCUUUGGAAACUAUUUUGACAAAGUUCGCGAUUCCAAAUCUGAAAACCGAACAAAAGAAAAUUCUGGAGUGUCUUAUAGAUGGCCGAGAUUGCAUGGCAGUACUUCCCACGGGAUAUGGAAAUGAAUCGGCUAGUGCUGUGAGUGACCAACGUAUUAGGGAUGGAGAAAUUGAUAUCAUCUAUGCCUCUCCAGAAGCCUUAAUUGGUGAUCCGGAGUGGAGAUCGGCCAUACAGAAGUUAAAUAUUUCAUCUAUUGUAGUGGAUGAAUUUCACACAAUAGCCACAUGGUAGGGAGAAGAUACAGAUGAUUCUGGGAAGAAAGCCUUCAGAAAAUGGUUUUCCUACAUUGGGGAGCUACGCUCCCUCUUUCCUGAUGCCAAUGUUUUGGCCUUAAGUGCCACAUGCACUCUAAAAAUCAGGAAAAGAGUGAAAAAAGUUUUGAAUUUGAAAGCAGAUACAGUUGAAAUUUCAGUAAGCCCUAACAAGCCAAACAUUAAAUUUGUCGUAUCAAAGGUCCAUACUUCUAUUGAAAUUGCAAUGUGCUUGCUUGUGGAUGGAUUGAAUACUAAACAGAAAGCUUUCCCCAGGACAAUUAUUUACUGCAGGACAACAAAAGAUACCGCACGUUUAUUUCAAUACAUCACCACCGAAAUACCUGAAUGUGUAGAGUUUGUUGACAUGUACCAUUCACUUACUCCCUCUGUGCAGAAGGAUAAGAUCAUGGAAGGCCUAAGAAGUCCAACAGGUACCCUCCGAUUGGUCAUUGCCACAAGUGCACUUGGAAUGGGUAUUGACAUUGUUUCAUUUUACAGUGUAGUAGUGUUUAGCCUAUCCGACACACUUGUUGACCUACUCCAGGAAAUCGGGCGGGUUGGAAGAGAUGGAAAACCGUCUGCAGCCCUACUAUUGUAG